CCCCUGUAGUCGAGUCAAACCCAGAAGAGGAGAAGAAAAACAAUUUGCCCCGGCGCCCGCGCCUCCUCCGCUCCUCGUCGCCGUCCGGCCUAUUUGCAAGAUGGCGGCGGCGGUAGACCUGGAGGACGCGUUCGGCGCCGUCGUAGGCGAGGCCAAGCCGGAGGGCCACCCGUCCCCACGCCCCAUCCUCUUCCGCGCCCACGCGCGCUCCGCCGCCGCCCUUCGCAUCGCCGCCACCGACUGCCACUCCCUCGCCUGGGACCGCUCCCUCUCCAUCUCCGACCUCGACGAUCUCAGAGAUGAUGUUGGAAUCGGAGGCUCAUGGUCCGACUUCCUGGAUUACCUCAAGUCCUCCCUGUCCUCCGGGGAAGUGAAGCUGCUCUUCGCCGCCGACCAACUCCGCAAGUCACCUGGCCCUGAUUGUGCAAAGCUCGUGGCUACCAAGGCAAAGGGCCUGCCUCGCAUCGCCAUUUCUCUCCAGAGAGUUACUGGCGCUGCGGUGAGUGAUGUCGUAGCCGAGAUCUCGCUUGCGCUUUACGCCGCUUAUAGGACUACGCUGGAGCGUGCAUCCAGAGAACAGGAACGAAUGUCGCAGCUGAUGGUGAGCCUGUCAUCUGAAAGAGAAAAAAAUGAAAUCAUGCAAAAACAGCUUGAAGCAGUUUCUUUCCUAGACAGAAGAAAGGCAACAAAGCCAAAGCUGGUAGCUGAUGAGGUUCCAAGUGUGUCUGCUGUGACUUUGGGCUCCGAUCAAGUUACAGCUCAUGUGGAGCAGCAAAUAUCAGUGCCUUCACCUAGUAAAGUCCCUCCAGCUAAAGCCACGAAGCGAGUAGCCCCCAAGCCUCGGAGGGCAAGGGCGCGAGGAGCUUUGCUGCAAGAUAAUGAGGACGAUGAGGACAAUUGACAAAAUUUAGAGGUGCUUAUAUCUUGGUAAUUGAUUAAUUCUGUGAUAUGUGAACUUAUGAAGUGUGACACGGGGUUAGUCGUUUUUCUGAUUCUUUUGAUCUGUCUCAAGCUUGUGGGAUGAAACUAACUGCAGCUCAUGGCAUGAAAACACGUGACAAAUUAUAUAUGGGCUAAGUUCAUAUAUGAUAUAUUUUGCUCCAUA